AUGAAAAAUGUUUUUAAAAAUAGGAACGAAAGAGAGAAAUACCAUCUGCAUCGCUACAAAGCAAGGAAACACCCCGAGAAGUACCUAACCAUAAUCUUAGAUGGUAUGGAUCAGUCUAAGACUGAUAUUCCCAAUGUUUGUCGCAUAUGCAAAUCAACAGCCAACCUUCAAAAGCUUCGUACACAUUUGACCGGCGCGAUAGUACACAGUGGGCUGUGUCUGAUGGGGAAAUUCUACCUUGGUUUUUUUGACAUGUUUCAGUGGGACCAUGACAGCAACUUGACCAACAAUAUCAUCCUACAAACGCUGGAAAUCGUUAACCGUCGGUAUGGUUUGCCACCAGUUUUUCACCUUCAAUUGGACAAUUGCUGGCGAGAGAAUAAAAACAGACAUGUUUUUACGUUGUUGUCUCUUUUGGUUGAGUUAUCAAUUUUUGAUAAGGUACAGUUAUUGCUUCAAGUUUUGUUUCUUAAUUCAAUAUUAAGAGCUAAAAUUCGUGCGCCUUUUUUACUUUGGCUACUGUAUAUCAUCAAGGAAUUCAUGGGUCUUGUUUCCAUCAAGCAUGGUUUCGUUUAAAAAAACUUGGCAGAUCUAGCAUAAUUAAUGAAAAUAUUUUAUAUCAGCUAAUGAUAAGAAAGUGAUUUGCAAAAAAAUAAUAUAUCUCCUCGUAACAUUUUUAGAUAGCAAUUUAAUAUUUUCAAGAAACCUACCUAGGAGCUUUACCUACGAGGAUAUAAGGCAGUUAAUUUUCAAAAACAAUUGAAUGAUCUUAUAUAUUAAUGAUAAUUUUUAUUGAUGUAUCUUUUAAAAUAGGUUAAAGGUAACUUCCUUCCAGUUGGCCAUACGCACGAACAUAUCGACGCGUUAUUUGGAAUAUUUUCAAAGAAACUUCAGAUCCAGAAUAUAUAUACAUUUGAUGGUAAGUUUUGCUUUAAUGUAACUACAAUCAUACAGUAACUGACAUUGUAUGAGCUAUAGGACCAUACGUCAAAACAUCGCAAUUCAGUAAGUUCAAUCAAGAGCCGUUAUUCGAUUAUUUUUUAGAUCUGUGUCAGUCAUUUGAAGGGUGCACAGACAAACCACACCCCGAGGCACAUAGACCAGAAUGGAUGUAUGGCAUUAAAGAGUGGCUACAACCUCACAGCCACGACCUACAUCAGCAUGUGCAGCCACAUUGUUUUAAGUUUGUGAGGAACCCCGAAGGACAAGCGGUAAUGUUCUACCGAAAAUGGAGUGGAGAAGCUUGGAUGGGUCCAGUAAGAAUUCUUAAGGCAAGUUAUUUCUUUAAACAACCUAAUUAUUCUGCAAUUCAAAAAUUGAAGCUGUGAUUGCAGUCUCAGGUCGUUCCCAUGAAAUGAUGAGAUUCAUAUGUUUUCUAUUUCUUAAACAGGGAACUUAAACAUUAAGUUAACCCUAUUCCAAAUACGUUUUUAAACUAUUCAAAUGAUGAAAGUUAUUGUUGUUUUUAAGCGUUUAUUAGCAAGUGGGAACGACCAACAUGGCCGCCAUCUAUUUAAAUGGGGGUAACCGCUGGAAUAUUCUUGGCUUCAAUUUUACUAAAAGAGAUGCGCUAUCUAGUGUAUAUAAGAUAUCUAUGAACAACCCACGGUGAACCUUUAUUUCAGGGAAAAGGAACCAGCCCCACUUGAAGAGGUAUAUAAUACAUGAAAUACAUGUAUGCAGCCCCAAUUUCCAGUCACAGUAUUAAAAAUAAAAUCCGUACUUAUCUGUCUGUCACUUGAAAAAAUUCGCACUUGGAUUGACAGUAAUUACUGAUGGAAAAUGCUGGCUUGUCGUUAGGUAAUUGUACAGUAUAUACAAUCAUUCUGUGACUGUCAAGCAUUAAUAUAAAACAAUCAUUUUAUGAACUCAUAAAAAAGGAUCGUUAUGACAACAAACAAGCUAGCAAUGGAGAAUAAUAUUUCCCUUCAUAAUGCGGAAUAUAUAACACAGGCAAUAUGCAAAAAUAACUAUUUGUCAUGGCAACCCCACCUUCUAACAAGGAAUAAGGAAAAAAUACCGUGGAGCGACACCUUGCCAAAGCGGUCUAUUAUUGUAUUCAACUUUCUUUUCGAUGAAAGUGGAAAUUCAGGAAAACACUCGCAGAUUCCUUAAGCGUUGGCGGAAGGAGAAUACAAACAAGUGAAAUUGGUAUUAUAUACGUACUGUAAAUAGAUCCCGACGUGAAAUGCUGCAGAAUAUGUGGGUGAGGUUAACUUUUCAGUAUAAUUGUAGAUAUUUAGAUUUUCUCACACGUUUGACAUCCAGUAAGCAAAUUUUAAAAAUAUAUAGAUCCGCUUUUAAAAAUUUCAGAAUUUUCAAUAUUAUAUGUAUUUUGCUGCAUGAGAACGUUCACCAAAAAUAUACAAUUUAUAUAAUAUUUAAUAUGUUCAUUCUGAUAAUUUGGUGACCAACUAUAAUUUUGCAAUCCGUUUUGUAUGUACGAAAGUAUCAGAAAUCAUAGUCUAUGCAGUUUUAAGUACAUCUGAGAUAUAAGUGGUUUAAAUAUUGAGGCCGUAGUAAUUGGCUAAGCGCUGUUGCGGACUCCCUGCCAUUAAUUGUAUUAUAAUUAUUUACAAGGCAAAGCUAAUAAAUUAAAUUAAAUUAAUUAAUUGAAAAGUAUCAGACUUUUUAUACUUUGCACUACCAGUCUCUGCAGUUUUAGGUACAUUUGAGAUAUCUCUCAAGGAUUUCAAAAGUAUCAGAAUUUUUGAUACUUUCGACUACCAAUUUCUGCAAUUUUAGGUAUAUUUGCGAUAUUAAGGAUUUCAAAAGUAUCAGAAUUUCUGAUAAUUUGGACUACCAGUCUCUGCAGUUUUUAAUGAUAUUUGAGGUAUAGAGGAUUUCAAAGGUAUCAGAAUUUCUGAUACUUUGGACUGCCAGUCUCUGCAGUUUUAAUGAUAUUUGAGGUAUAGAGGAUUUCAAAGGUAGCUAUCAGAAUUUCUGAUACUUUCGACUAUCAGUCUCUGCAGUUUUAAUGAUAAUUGAGGUAUAUAGAGGAUUUCAAAAGUAUCAGAAUUUCUGAUACUUUGGACUACCAGUCUCUGCAGUUUUAAUGAUAUUUGAGGUAUAGAUGAUUUCAAAGGUAUCAGAAUUUCUGAUACUUUCGACUAUCAGUCUCUGCAGUUUUAAUGAUAAUUGUGUAUAUUCUGGUUUUGUUCUUGAUUUUAUUUAAUAAUUACUACAAUUACCCUCUCCUUGCAUAACUUUGAAAAUGUAAUGUAAUGACUCACUCUAGUAUGUAAUACUGGACUAUAAAAAUGUAUAUUCUACUGUAUCAUACCAUAGUUGGUCACUCCAGAAUGUUUGACCUUCACUGAAUACCUUGAGCCCAGUCAACAAUCAGAUGAUAAUCGAGAAGAAUCCAAUAGCCAAUGUAGUGACACAGUGAUAGAAAUUGGUGAGUUCUCUGGAAGUCCAGAAAAUGUAGAUCUACAAACUCUAGAAAAAGUACCAAACAGUCAAAAAAGUGAUACAACAACAAUCACCUUGAGUUCACCAAGUCAUAUGAUUACCAUGGAUAGCCAAGACCGUUCACCAACUAAGUUACCAAAUGUUGCCGAGAAAGAGUGCCAAACAAUGGACGGUGUUUUCCUCUCAAUAGAAGAGUAUGCUUCUUUACUCCAGAAAGCAUCAUUUUGUCCUAAUUUCAGUGAUAAUCUCAUUAAAAUCCGGUCUCAUAUUUAUCAUUUCUCAGAACCAGAAAUGGAUCCUACUGCCUUUGAAAGCAUUUGCAGGGAUGCUGGUGCUGAGAAUCUCUAUAAUUGUAUAAAUAAUGCUAUAUGUUCUAACAGAAUGUCCACUGAACGCAAACAGCUUAGUAAACUUCGGACAAUGGUUAUUAUUUAUAUCAUGGUGUAUUCACAGUCCCAAAGAUUCAACUCAUUUCAAGGAGCCUUGUCGAGAACCCUUCAACAGUUUGGUAUCACUGAACAAGGACUUCAGUCCCUCCGAAAUCUCGGUAUCGCUGCCCAUCCUCACACCGUAAAAGCCGAAGCAAAGUUGCUUCAUCAACACAUUCAAAUCAUGUCGUUAACUUUAUUGAAUCGGAAGUAG